GAGCUUUGCUAAAAAAUUGUAGCCAUAUCAUCGUAUAGACGUCCAAAUUUGCUUUGAAAUACCUACCUAGUACCUUGAACGAUGCAUGGUCUCGGAAUGCAACCACGCCUUGGAGGAGCUGCCAUUCCCCCUCCCCAAGCCCCAUCUUCCAUCCCUCCAAUGGCACCUGUGGAAAGAGAAAAGAUCUACCAAUGGAUUGUAGAGCUAGCAAGCCCUGACACAAGAGAGAAUGCCCUCCAUGAACUAAGUAAAAAGCGUGAAGUGGUUCCAGACUUGGCGCCAAUGCUGUGGCAUUCCUUUGGGACAGUGGCUGCACUCCUUCAAGAAAUAGUCAACAUUUACCCCUACAUCAAUCCACCUGCACUCACAGCCCACCAGUCAAACAGAGUGUGCAAUGCCUUGGCUCUGCUGCAAUGUAUAGCAUCACAUCCAGAGACGAGAUCAGCAUUCUUACAAGCACACAUCCCUCUGUUCCUCUACCCCUUCCUGCAUACUGUCAGCAAGACACGCCCAUUUGAGUACCUCCGUCUUACAAGUCUGGGUGUCAUCGGUGCUCUUGUCAAGACUGAUGAACAAGAGGUAAUCAAUUUCUUACUGACGACAGAGAUCAUCCCACUCUGUUUGAGGAUCAUGGAGAGUGGCAGUGAGCUCUCAAAAACAGUUGCUACCUUCAUUCUGCAGAAGAUUCUUCUAGAUGAGACAGGUCUUUCCUACAUCUGUCAGACGUACGAGAGAUUCUCUCAUGUAGCUAUGAUACUAGGUAAGAUGGUGAUAGCGCUGGCGAAGGAACCAUCUGCAAGGCUCUUGAAGCACGUUGUUAGAUGCUACCUCAGACUUUCAGAUAACCAAAGAGCCCGGGGUGCACUCAGGCAGUGCCUCCCAGACCAGCUCAAGGACCAGACCUUCAUGGCUGUCCUCAAGGAUGACAACUCCACCAAGCGCUGGCUGGCCCAGCUUAUCAAGAACCUUACAGAGACUAGCGCUAUGGAUCCAAGGGGAAUCCCCAUGCCGCCACAAUGACAGAGUGCCGACCAACAAGCCUAGCUUGCUUGGUCACAUAAUAUAGAAAGGUUGUGGAAGGAGAAGUAUGUGUUUGUGUUUUGUCUGUUCCCCCCUGCACCUUUUCUCUUUCUUAUUCUACUUUCUUUACUUGUCUUCUAGGUUUUUUCUUCAGUUUCUCACAGGAACCAUUAUUAAUUAAAUGAUGAGUUGCCCACUUUCCUAGGAUCAUGAGUCAAAGCAAUUAAAUAAGAUAAUUUCUACAAAUUUCUCUACUUUCAAUGGUUUUGACAUGUUUAUCUGGACAAAUUUGAACUUCCUUUAAUGAGGCUCUAACGUUUUGAUAGGGGAUGUAAUCUUGGAGAAACAUUUAUCUUUUUCAUAUAAGAAUUUUUUUUAAAACCAAUUGAUUUUCCAGUGUAAGAGAAGUAAUGGAUAGAAAAAGGAUAAACGUAUUGGUUUUUAAUUGUUUUUCUUCUCUCUCUCCAUCUCUCUCUCUCUCUCUCUCUCUCUCUCUCUGUUUUUCCCUUUCUCUGUUCUUUCACAGUGGCAUCUUGAUCUUUCUUCAUUAUUCUAAAUGAAAAUCCUAAACUAUCUCUGUCUAUCUUCUUUGCAGGGUAAAUAUUGUCCCAAGGGCAAAUGUAUUAAAUGUUUUUUGAGCCAGUUUUGCAUUGCUGUAAUGUGAUAGGUGGCUGAGUAUGUCUAGACCAUCUUGGGUCUAUGUGGGGUAAGAUUAUGCAAUGGGUAGAUGUUCUAAAGCGAGUGUACUGGGCUGCUAGAAGGCACCUUUAAAAAUAUUACUGGGUAGUGACUUCUUAAAAACACCAUGCUAGUGUCCGAGUAUGAUCCAACCUAGUUACAAUAAGACUGCGCCCAGUGAGGCCUUAGAGAAGUGCCAUCUAAUGCUCAAAAGAAACCGCUAAUGUGCAGUGGUUUACCGCAUGUGCAGCAGUUUACCACAACAUUUUUGUGUGUAUUACAUGAAUGGCAAGUGGGGAUAAAAAAAAGGUAGCUGAAUGGAACAAUUGUCCUACAUGCAUCCACACAUUUGUAUGAUAUGAGAUACAAUGAUGUAAAGUGUGGUACAUGUAUUAAAGUAUGUUGAAUAAAUCCAGUGCUCAGUAAACAACCACCAGUUUUCUGUGGCUUGUGAAAGCGGUUUCAGGCUUGAUUUUGACUGGAAGAAUGGUGAUAUGUAUAGAAAAACGCAUUCAGAAGAUUUGUUUACAGUCACGGUACAUGUACCAUACAUGUACCAGAAAUUUUUGUGAACUGUUUGUGACCGCCAAUUUUCUGGCAAGAAACUUUCACUUAUUGUAAAACUCAAAAUUGUCAUGGUUUUUAUUGCACAAUUUUGCUGCAAAAAUGACAAAUUUUGUGAAGCCGCACACUCAUGAGCUGGUUUUACAGUAGUGUUCAAAUAACAAUAUAACUAUGUACCAGUUAUGACUAACAAACUUAUUAGUCAGCACACCUUUUGGACACUUUCUCAGGUAUACUGUGAAAACUUGCCAAGUUUAGAGUGAUGAAAUCAACAGCUCUGGUGCAUCUGAAAGUAUUUUUAAAGAUUUUGUUUGUAUAUAACCAUAAUGAUGAUCAAUUCACUCAUACAGUCUGGUAAAUAAGACCAUGUUUUGUAAAUAGAUGCAUGUAUGUUCAUGUAUGUGUAUAAAAUCAAACUGUAAACAGCUGUAUGUAAAUAAAAGUAAUGCCUUUGAGGAUGUGACAUCCUACACGAGGCGGUAAGCCAUUUAAAGACUUGUUCCAAUACAUGUUAACUACAAGGCGUUUUUUAAAAAUAUAAUGACCCAAAGAAAGUGUAAUACACUUAAUAACAUUUCUGUAUCUUUACUCUUGUAAUGCAGAGCUCAUUAACAUGUAAUAGAAAUAUGCAGUGGGUUUUUUUGCGCCAGUUUUUCACAUCAUAUCUGAGCUUUAAGAAGAUAUCUGCCGUAAAAAUGUAAAAUUAGAUAAGUCUAUUGUGGAUCACAUAACUGUAUAUCACAAUAUACAGAUGCAUACGAGUUGUGUUAAGUUUGGUUUUUGUUACAAGACAUUGGCUUGUGUUCUCUUUGUCUAAAUGCACAUCAAAUUUGGCCACAGUGUUUCUUUAAGUGGUUUAUUUUGUUUCAUGUCCUUAUGGGGAUUCAGGUAUCCUUAGCACUUAUCAUUUUUGAUUUCAUGUUCAAUCUGUUUUAUAACCAGAUUAAAGGGGAAGUCCACCCUAAUAUUAAGUUGGCUAAGUAGAAGCAAACAAAUGAGAGGAACAGGUCAGUGAAAGCUUGAGCAAAACACGAGUAAAAAUAAGUAAGUUAUGCAUUUUUGAAUUUUUGAAAGUGCAAUCAAUCACAUAUUCUCUGGGACGUAUCUUGCUAGGUCCCAUUCCAUUUACCCUGUACUAAAAAACAUUAAAUUUAUGAUUUCCCUUAAGAAAAUUUUCAAUCAAUCAUGCACCCAAUAUAAAAUUAUUGCAAAUAAAUUUGUAGACAACCCUUGUAUGAAAUAAAUCCAUUUCAUCAUCAAUAACUAAGAAUUUUUUGUUGUUUCUGUACAGAGCAAAUUGGAGAGGAGCUCGCAAGAUAUUUCAGUGUUGCCAAUUUGUGUUUCACUGAUGAAAACUUCAAAAAUUAAUAACUCUACCAUAUUUUAAAUUGGAUAUUGUUCAAAUUUUUUUCAUUUGGUUCUUCUUAUUUUUCUGCUUUGAUUAAAACCAACAUAUUUAUCAGGGUGGAUUCCCCAUUAAAGAAAAGGUUGAGUUUUUGGAAAGGUGAAAAAUAAUUUGUGAGCUUUUUCUUUCUUUCAUGUCAGGUAGUAUAUUGAAAUAUGACAAGUUAACACUAAAGGUUGUCAACAACACUUUCAUGCAACAUAUUUGUGAAGUCCCACAUACACAUUUCUGUGUACAGUGAAUGUAACUGUUUGCAAGACUGCCAAUUUCUUACAUUUGGAUGAUUAAAAACCUCACAGUAUGUGCCACAUGAUCAAUCCUUUCUGCUUGCUUCCACAGUUUCUUUUACAAUGCAGUCAUAUGAUUAGCACCCAACUGUAUAUUCAAAAUGAUGUCAAAGCAGAUGCAACCAAAUGGUGAUUACAUAUUGGUUGUCUUUGACUGCUAAACAAUUAAAAUCUACAUGAGUAAUUACAGUAUUAUAUUUUAUGUACAUGUGAAUAGAUAACAAAUGACACAAAAUUGACAAAGCAUGGUUCAAUAUUCAAAUAUGAAAUGAUUUACUUCCAAAGGAAAGUUAAGUACUUUUCUCAUAAAUAAAUUUUAGGCAUGUUUUACCAACUUACUGGCAAGUUAUAUGGUUUGCAACUGAACUUUUUUCAUCUUUUUAAAGUGAAAAACUAAACUCGACUAUCUAUAAAUAUACAACGUCAUGAAAGAAAGAGGUAAGGAAGUGUCCAUCAUCAUGUAGCAUUACAUGACUGAACAUAUUGGCUUAAAGAUUUUUUUUCUUCAUCCAUACUAUUGAUAAACCUUUUACGUAUUUGUACACCUGGGAAGAAUCAUAUAUAUCUUGAGGGGUAGUGAUUUGUUCCUGUAUUGAAGUUUGUCAAUUUUUGUUGAUUCCAAAUGCAACUGUAAAACAUAUUAUAUGCUUGUCAUUAUUUUGUUGAUUAAAGAAUGAAACAGCCCCA